AUGACGACCCCAACUGCAGGAGGCGCGCCGGACACCACCACCGACGAUGCGGCCGCCGUCGCCUCUCCCAGCCCGACCGGGAUGGCGUCCUCGACGUCCCCCAGCAGCAGCAGAAGCAGCGGAGACGCGCGUCGCGGGCAGCACGACGGGACGCCCCCGGCGGCGGCCUUGACGACGGUGUGGAGGCCGCCGUGCCCCGGGGGCCCCAUAAGCUGGGACAGGUCGCGGACGGUGCUGCCCAGGGUCGAGGCCUUUUCCCCGUGCCUGCCCGAGGGCUGGGUCACGACGGGGUACUUCUCGCCCGCCAUCUGCCCGAGCGGGUACGUCUCGGCUUGCGGGCGCUUCGACGCCGCCCAGGGGCCGCCGGUCGAGGCGGGCGAGACAGCGGUCUUGUGUGGGCCUCCCGGCUUCACUUGCAACGCAAAAGAUGCCGUCUACGCAAAGAGCGACGCAUUCGACGCGCCCAUGAUCCAGAUCCGCUGGCGGUCGUCCGACAUCUCCAUCUUGCAGACACACCCCCUAUCGCCGACGUCCCCGGUCACGACCGCGGGCGGCUCGCCGACUGCCGCGGCCGACACGGCCGCCUCCGCUGCCGACGGCGGCCACGGGGCAGGUGGCGGCCUCCCGCCAGGGGCCAUCGCGGCCAUCAUCGUCGGGUCCAUGGUCGCCGUGGCGCUCGUGGUCCUGGCGGGGCUGUUGCCGGAGCUCCCGGCCGAGGAGGUGCUGGUGGACGAUAAGAAGCGGCCGCCGUUCUACAACAACCGCAGGGCCGCCACAAGAGACAGCGCCGCGGUCACGACAGUAUCGGACAAGCGGAGGCUGCAGCGGCUACAACAGCGUCUGCAACAAUCGCAACAGCAACAGCAGGAGCAGCAGCAACAACAACAUCAGCAACAGCAACAGCAACAGCAGCGUAGGAGCAUCCAGGAGCUGCCGGGGCACGAAAUUCCCUUUGAGAUGGGCGACGGCUCGUCCCCCUCGGCCCGCCCAUGCGAGCUGUCGGCGACGGUGGUGGAUGUGCAGGAGGCGGCGGCUGUCAACACCGGCGGCGGCGGCGGCGGCGAGCUCGAGGAGCUGCGGGCUAGACCUGGCAGAGUCGUUGACCGUGAGCUUUUUUUCAAAGCAGAGCAGGCAUGCUGUCAAGUAGAUAGGAAUAAAGGGGGGCGGGGCGUCUACCUGUAUCGUUGGGAGGAAGAUGAGGCCGACGCUGCCCCCAGGGAGUGA